UGCUGUGUUGCAUCUGUUUACUGACAUUUCGAUUGUAAGCCCCUUGAGGGCCGGCAAUGCAUCUUAUUUGUCUCCAUCUCUCCUUUCGUAGGGCCUAAUUUGGGGUAAUGUUUGCUGACUGCAUAAGCGAAUUGGCUUAAUUCUGAAAACCUGGACCAGAAUUUUCCUCGGCCUUGAAGACAGAUGCUAAACUGUCCCUUUUUUUCCUCUGGGCCUCAGUUUCCCCAUCCACAAAAAGGAUGGAUUAGAUGGCCCUUGCAGAUUCUUUCGGCUCAGACAUCAUGGCUAUGAAUUUGUAAGUCUCUCAGGACAAGAGCGUCCAGGUUGGAUGUGGGGUCCCUCGAAGACUGGCCCUGAGGCCUAUUUGCUGGGCAACCCACGGCAAGUCGCUUAACCUUUCUGUGCCUCAGAUCCCCCUUGAGAACUGACUCGUUUCCUUUUCAGGGACAAGAGGAGAGAGGGAUAGCUCCUCUGUGCAAGGGUCUCAAGCUCCAAUAUCUACAGGGGCCAGGCAGGGGCCUGUUGAGUGUCGGGGCUGCCACAGGGAGUGGGGGGCAGUGGCAGAUGAAGAGCCAGGCCUCCCUACAGAGGACAGAGCGACUCCGCCCCAGCCAGCAGAAAUGCGGCCCCCGAGUGUGAGAGCCUGUCUGCUCUGGGAGGACCCGUCGUCUUGGCAGGAGUUGAAGAGUCUGAGAGCUCAGCUGAGCUGCCGCAGGUAUCAGGUGUCAGAAAACCGGGGUCCAGAUGCCGGGGGGUGACUCCCCCGCGGGGCCGCGAGCUGACUGCCGAGCCCCAGUCCUUUCACCGAUUAGUGGAUCUGAGCCUGCGGGGCUUAGAAAGCGUGCGACACGGAAUACAGGGUUAAACCUGCAAAUCCGGAGGGCCAGUCGCCCGUGUCCCGGGCCCUGUCCGUCCUCUCUACGCAGUUCCGUCGCCCCGGGAUCAAGAAGGCCAGCUGGGGGCGAGGAUGGUGAAACGAAGCUUAAUGAGUAACCCUGGGGACCGGCCAGGUGGGUGUUUGGCGACCUGAGGUGUCAGGGACAGGGGGUGGCUGACGAAGGUGGCUGUGGGAGGGGACAGUCAGUGACUUGGCCUGCCUCUCCGGCCUCAUCCGCUCUCUGAUGCAGCCACCUUGGGCCUCCCUACCCCAUCCUCUUCCUAGCCAGGAGCUCUGGAGCCCGGCUCUUCUGGGUCUGAGCCCUGCCUCUGCCACUGCUGUGUGACCUUGGGAAAGUGACUUGGCCUUUCUGAGCCAAACGUGAUUCCACAAUCUAGGGUUCCCACUGCCCUGGGGUGUGGUAAACAUUCUGUGGUAUAACGACGUCAUGUUCCCAGACUUUGGACAUUCACGUGUCAUCUUUGCAACUUUUGCCAUAUUGUUGUGUCACCUAUAUUUUUUUUACUGAGCUAUAUUGACAUAUCACAUUGUCUUCAUUUUAGGUGUACAACUUGUCACCUCUCUUAUGACAGUAAUGAUAACAACAGCAGCAGCAGCGAACACACAGCACUUGGUACUCUUCUAGAUAUUUUGCAUAUAUUCACUCAUCUGAGCCUUUCAUCAACUCCCGUAGGGAGCUGGUAUUUCAUACCCAUCUUCAGUUGAAGAAACAAGGCACAGAGAGGUGAAGUAACUAACCCAAGGUGACACAGCCAGUCGGUGACACAGCUGGUGUUUGUACCGGAGCCUGGCUCCAGGGUCUGUGUUCUAACUAUUGGGCAUACUGCCUUUUCAGACCGGAAACCACAAUUACUGCUACUAGUUAAUAUUUUUUUAAAACAGGCUCCACUUUUAAACCUCUGUACCUGCCUUAACUUCCUCCUAAGCAAUCAUAUCCAUGAAAUUACGGGUUUGAUGUUAUGUGUAUAAUAUACAGUCGUGUCCCUUAACGAUGGGACAUUUUCUGAGAAAUGUUCCGAUAGGCGAUUUCGUCGUGUGUGGACAUCACAGAGCGUACUCACACAGACCUAGAUGGCAUGGCCUACUACACACCCAGGCUAUAUGGGACUCAUCUUAGGGGACCAGCGUCGUAUUUGCGGUCCGUCAUUGACUGAAAUGUCGCUACGUGGCACACGACUGUCCCUAUGUCCAAAUGCACACAGAAGUAAAUGCCCAACUAUGGAAAAACCUUUAAGGUAUGCUGACCAACACAAGAGGGCUGGCAUGCAGUAGGCACGCAAUAAAUGCAGCUGUCAUGUUUCUCGUCCAAGCCUGAGGUAAGCGCUAAGGCCCCACUCCUCCAGGAAGCCCUCCGUGAUCCCUUCCCACCCCCAGCUGCACUUGAGGACCUUCUGCUCUCUGUCCUCCCAGGCGGUGUUAGCGUUGUCGCUGAAUUGGGUGUCUUCCUCUUCCCUCCAGGCCGGGGCCACCUCGGGGCACGAAUUGGGUUUUACCACCUCUUGUCCCCAGCAGCCAGUCCAGGACAGGACAGCUGACAAGGCCGGGUGCACGUGCAAUGAGAGGAGGGGCAUGAAGUUGCCAGAGUCCUCAUCUAGGAUCGCGGCCAAACAGCUCGACUUGAUCCCGUGCGGCCGGGAGUUAAUCAUCAAACUUGGGGAGGUCAUAUAGAGCCCAAGGAGGGCACAGACCAUCUGGGCUGCCAGAUGCUUCCUGGACCUCACCUCCCAUUCUCCAUACAGGGAAACUGAGGCCCAGUGAUGGGUGGGACUAGCUCAGGUUCACCCAGCGAUAUGGUGACAGAGACAAGACAUGAAUCUGAUCACAUCAUCUUUCCACUGCCUACAGCCUUCCCUGGCUCCCUACUGCCCCCGGACCUAAGCCGCCCCUGACAGUGGUCCAGGGCACGUGGCUGGGCAUUCGGGACAAGCAGCGGGCUGGAAUAAGAAGACUUGGAGAUGUUGGUGUCACGGAAGAGAUGGUCCGAGGGCUCCUGUGGUUGCUGGCAUGGAGGGCUCCCUGGCGGAGCGUGCGGCUGAGGAGCACUUCCACACAGUCACGCCUCUGCUGGAGAGCUGGGCGCUGUCGCAGGUGGUGGGCACGACCGUCUUCCUCAAGUGUGAGAAUGUGCAGCCCACCGGCUCCUUCAAGAUCCGGGGCAUUGGGCAUUUCUGCCAGGAGGUGGCCAAGAAGGGAUGCAGACACCUGGUGUGCGCCUCAGGGGGCAACGCGGGCAUGGCUGCUGCUUACGCCGCUCGAAAGCUGGGCGUCCCCGCCACCAUCGUGCUCCCCGAGGGCACCUCCCUGCAGGUCGUGAGGAGGCUGGAGGGGCAGGGGGCCGAGGUCCAGCUGACUGGAAAGGUCUGGGACGAGGCCAAUCUGAGGGCACUAGAGUUGGCCAGAAGGGACGGCUGGGAGAACGUCUCCCCGUUUGACCACCCUCUGAUAUGGGAAGGCCAUGCCAGCCUGGUGCGGGAGCUGAAGGCAGCGCUGGGGACCCCGCCAGGAGCCCUGGUGCUGUCGGUGGGGGGCGGGGGGCUCCUGGUUGGGGUGUUGGAUGGCCUGGCACAGGUGGGCUGGCAGCACGUGCCCGUCAUUGCCAUGGAGACCCGAGGGGCCCACUGUUUCAAUGCCGCCGUCGAGGCUGGCAGGCUAGUCACGCUGCCGGACAUCACCAGUGUGGCCAAGUCCCUGGGGGCCAAGACGGUGCUCGCGCGGGCCCUGGAGUGCACGAAGGAGUUCGAGAUCUUCUCCGAGGUGGUGGAGGACGUGGAGGCUGUGAGUGCCGUGCAGAGGUUCCUGGAUGACGAGCGUAUGCUGGUGGAGCCUGCCUGCGGGGCAGCCUUGGCUGCCAUCUACUCAGGCCUCCUGCAGAGGCUCCAGGCUGAGGGCCGCCUGCGCCCCUCCCUGGCCUCGGUCGUAGUCAUCGUGUGUGGAGGCAACAGCAUUGAUAGCCGAGAGCUGCAGGCUCUGAAAGCUCAGCUGGGUCAGAGCUGAGGGCUCCUGGUCUGGGCUGGAAACCCCUAUGGCCAGCUGAGGGGCCCCCAGGCUGGCGGAUGGCUGUGGAAGCUGCCCUGUGCCCUGUGCUGGCCGCCUCCUGAAGGAAGGCCUCCUGAACUGCUCCCUGUGGCAACCCCCUGCCCCGCCCCAUAGCCCUGGCCAAUAAACACUUUCUGAGUUGAA